AUGUCGAACAAAGCGAACGUGAUGAGCAAUCGUGAGUACGAUGCAUUCCUUAAAGAGCAAAAAGCGGGUGCAUUCAAGCUAUGCGAUCCUGUCGUGCGUGAAUUUGUCGAGUGCUCUAAAGGACGGGCGCAGAACAAGAAGAUGUAUGAUUGUCUUCAGUACCACGACGAGACGCUAAAAGAAGCGGAGAAAGCGUACCUUGCACGGACCCGUGUUGAUGGCAAGCGUAUAAUGUAG